AUGGAUUUGACCCUAUUCAAGCAGGGCUGCUUGGAGGAACUGACAGAGCUCGAGAAGUUAAGGCACCUCCACAUUCAGACGGAUUUCUGGUCGAGGAUGGGUCAAGCAGAGGUUGAGUUCAUGGAAGCCCAGUGGCCGAUGCUGGGCGAAAUCACUUUUGGAGGACUCUCUAAAGAUACAUCUCAAGAGCUGUCAACUGAAGUAUCCAGAUUUUCAGACCAAAGAUUCCCUGUGGGUGGCCCUCGCACGACUGUUGGCGUUGAUGGCCACAUUGAUCAGGACGAUAUAUUCUUAGGAUUGCUCGCCAGUAGUCUGUUGCCUCAUCCGCCAUCUUCCACUGCUCGUGGAAAUCGAUUCGUAAUGAUAUCAAUACACCUCUUCGAUGUACCAGAUCUCUCUAAGGCCAAUAGUAACAACCUGUGGGGACCUAAGGCGGCUCAAAAUAUCACACAGUCUGCGACAACUUCAGCAUCUCACCAUCACUGGAUCGUUCCUAUUGCCAUGGACAAUCAUAUCUCCGCUCCUGACAUUGUCUCUUGCUCAACUGCGUGA